CUCGAGAAGACGGAAGUAUAAAGUUAGAAAAGAGAACAAGAGUGUUCUGUUUCCUCCUUCCUUCUUCUCGUUUCCUUUCUACAAACCCAAAGCGAAGGCAGAUCUUUUGGAUUCAAAUGGCGACGACUAACGGAGCGAAGAAGAGUCAGUCGUCGAAGAUGGGCCCUAAGGUUUUGUUUUAUUCCUUACUCCUCACGCUUCAGUACGGAGCCCAGCCCCUCAUCUCCAAACGCUGCAUCGGGAAGGAGGUUAUUGUAACUUCAUCUGUUUUGACAUGCGAGAUUGUUAAGGUUGUAUGUGCUCUGGUUCUCAUGGCAAGAGAUGGUAGUUUGAAAGGGUUAGCAAAAGAGUGGACGUUGAUGGGAUCCUUGACUGCAUCUGGACUUCCUGCUGCCAUAUAUGCUCUUCAGAACAGUUUGCUUCAGAUCUCCUACCGCAGUCUUGACUCCUUGACUUUUUCUAUUCUCAAUCAGACCAAAAUCUUUUUCACUGCCUUCUUCACUUUCAUCAUACUUAGGCAGAAGCAAUCAGUUCAACAAAUAGGAGCUUUGUGUUUACUUAUCAUGGCAGCAGUCCUUCUAAGUGUUGGUGAAGGGUCUAACAAGACUUCUUCAAGUGGCAUUAAUCCGGAGCAGGUGCUGUUUUCUGGAAUCAUCCCGGUCUUGGUAGCCUCUGUGCUCUCUGGUUUAGCCUCUUCUCUCUGUCAAUGGGCUUCUCAGGUCAAGAAGCAUUCAUCGUACUUGAUGACAGUAGAAAUGUCUAUUGUUGGAAGCCUCUGCAUGUUAGUAAGUACCCUUAAGUCUCCAGAUGGCGAAGCGAUCAAAAGACAUGGCUUCUUUCAUGGUUGGACUGCUUUAACCAUGGUCCCAGUUAUAAGCAAUGCUCUCGGUGGGAUUCUCGUUGGCCUUGUUACAUCACAUGCCGGUGGUGUAAGAAAGGGAUUUGUGAUUGUCUCGGCGUUACUUGUCACCGCUCUGCUGCAGUUUGCGUUUGAAGGAAAACCGCCGUCAUCGUAUUGCCUCGUAGCUCUUCCUCUCGUGAUCAGUAGCAUCUCAUUGUACCAGAAAUAUCCAUACCUGGACAAGAAGAAGAAGAAGGUCUAAGAACCUUACAUCUUCUCAGAUUCACAGGGGUAGCUGCUAAGUUCAACUGCUAAAUAUCUAGGUGAUAGUGAUUCUUGGACCAUUCAGAAGAAUUUGUAUUAUUACAUUGAUAGAGGGUAAUACAUGGAAUGAGUCCUGUAAUGAUCUGAUUCUGAAUCCAUGUUAAUGAGUUUUAUUUUAUCCAAACUUUAGCUCUUGA